CGGAUGAUUCCUGGUUUCGCCCUGGUCUUUGUAAUACUGACAUGUGUACUUAAAGAAAAUUCCUCCUUAAGCCGACUGGGUGUACGCGAAAAUGCGGAAGUCGAAUGUAAACGAUUACACGUUGUUGCUUGUAGCUCAAUAGUAAAACGACAGCGCUGGACGCUGGCUUUAAGGAGUCUUGACUUUAGCUUCGAGAGAGCGUUCUUCGUGAGGAAAAUAUGCUUUUCAUCGCAUUAAUAUGGCUUCUAAAUUUCCAUGUCGUAGCGGACGGUUGUCCGAAUAAUCUGGAGACAGAGUAUACGAAUAGAUGCGAUGUUAAAGACAAAUUUGGGACGGAAGUCACGGAACCGUUGCCGCUGUUCACAGUUGGCAAAAGGGAAUUUCUUAACUCGCAAACUGUUGGCUUGAUACUAUCAACGCGAAACGCUACAAUGGAAUGCACAGUAUCCUUAAACGUUGAAGAUAUCCUCCAAAGAAUGGCCCAAACGUCCGUCGUUUCUGAAAGGCAUGUUGCGUUCCUCGUUGCGUUCCAUUGUCCUAACCCGGCAAGGGUGUCUUUUUGCCGAGCGGGUAAUGUUACCGAAAAUGACAUCAUAAUACACCUCAGAUUCACAGGCAAUUGUCGCGUCACAGGCGCCGACCUAGCAGUUUGGGGACGAACCGUGAACGUACAUGGUUUGCACCUGCAUAACCAAGUCACUUUACAAGAUAACGGUGAGACAAAGGCCGAGUUGCAAGGGUUAUUUAAUAUCGGUUUGUUGACUUUGAGCAAUAUGAAAAACAAGACAAUACCCCGAAUGUUUUUGUCGUAUGUCUGGGAGAAGAUGGCCGAAUUACAACUGCUUGAUAUGUUGUUGCUUGGCUCAGAAAUAGAUAUUUUGAAAACGACUAUGCCGUAUUUACAGUCUUUAGUGUUAUGCGGGAACAAUUUACGGGCCCUACCUAAUUUCCCAUGGUGCAAAACGGGAUUGAAACUUCCGAGAAAUUUGUCCCGUACUUCGGUGUUGGACGCACAUUAUUCGGAGGACGCGAUAGUAAACCCCCGCUUGUAUCGCCGAUUUUUCGCCGUUCAUUCGAACCCGGGAAUCAAGCACAAAAAUUAUAAAUUUUCUCCCGGAAAUUUGGAUAAAAUUUCCUUGUGCGCAAACGAACUGAAGUUCAUUAAUUCGACGAUGUUUGACGAUGUGACGGGCUUAAAAGUUGUCGAUUUGAGUCGAAAUAAUCUUAGCCAUAUUCCUGAACGAAUUUUUGAAAAAACAUUGGAUAUUGUUUCAAUAAACUUUGAUAAUAACAGUCUGACCUCGUUGAAUGGAAAAAUAUUCAAACAAUUGACAAAUCUUCAAACGCUUAGCGUAAAAAACAACUUCAUAUACGCUUUACGGAACGGUUUUCUUACGAACACGUUGCAAAAAUUGGAGACGAUCAAUAUCGAAAACAAUUUGCUAAGUUUGGUUGAAUCGAACGCUGUACCUCAAAGCCUCUUCGACGCGCUGAAAAAAAUAAAUUUCCGUAAGAAUAAAUUGCGUGAGGUCCCACAGUUUGGUUUCUACGUUCGAAAUUUAGAAUCUUUCGAUGUGUCGGAGAAUAAAGUUAACUUUGCCGGAUUUGUCAAGACAAUCGACAGUGUUAGUUUUCAAAACAUCGUCUUUGUUCACACCAAUUUGGGCAGCUCUAUCCACACAAAAUCAGUCAAUGAAUUGCCGCUCAAUUCUAAGAGUAAGAAAAUCUUAGAUCUUCAACGAAACGCAAUUGAACGCUUUGACUUGCAUAAUUUUAACAGUACAAGAUUAAAAAAAAUCAUGUUUAUUCUUCGCGUUUUCACGAUUCGUUUAACGGGAAAUCCCCUCCAUUGUGACUGUAGAACGAGAGAGCUGCAGUUAAAGGUGCGAAAUUGGACAAAAACCGUAAAAGAAAUUACGGAGAAGGAUUUUGAUACCUGGAUUUGCCAGUCGCCUGUAAAUUUACGCGGAAAGAAAGUUUUGAAUGUUCCCCCGAGCGAUCUCAGGUGCGUGAAGCGAGACUGUCCGAAGUGCCCCGAGAGAUGCAGUUGCUAUCAUGAUAGCAAUUCCGAUUCCGUCACGUUCGUAGACUGUCGGGGACGGAACCUUACGGCAGUUCCUAAAGAUCUACCGAAAGAAACAUUUGAACUAUGCUUACAGGAUAAUCAAAUCGAAGAGUUAACUCUUUCGAAAAGCUUGGAAAAUGUUACUGUAAUUAAGGCUGGUCACAAUAAGAUAAAGAGCGUUCAUUUGGUUGAUACCCCAUUGAAAUUGAAAGAGAUUUACUUGAAUUCGAAUAAGUUGACCAAACUUCCAAAACGUUUUCAAAAUUUGACAUUGUCUAAGAUAGAUAUCAAUAAUAAUUAUUUUACGUGUGAUUGCGAGAGUCUUUGGGUAAAAAACUGGUUGAAAAAACAAGAGAAAACAUUUGUAGGCGGUGCAAGAAGUGUUGUUUGUAGUUCAGGUGGGAUGAAUGUAGCAAAACCUUUAAUUUCGAUUGAAGACAAAGAUUUUGUUUGCACUAAGGAAACUGAUCCAGGAAAGAAUGCGAAUAGAAAUAUACAUACUGUAAGAGACGUCGUAUUCUAUGCUGUCGCAGCAAUUUUCUUCCUACUUAUUAUCGCAGUUAUACUUCUUUAUCGUUUUCGUAAAGAACUGAAGCUUAUUCUUUACACGAGAUUCAACUGGCAUCCGUUCGACCGCGUGGACGAUUCAGACCCGUCCAAGAUCUACGACGCGUUCGUCUCCUUCAACAUCAGGGAUAAAGUUUGGGUAGAAAAAACUUUGCAAGAAAAGUUGGAAAAAGAUCACAACCCACCGUAUAAAUUAUGCGUUCACUACAGGGACUUUAUCCCGGGGGCUCCAAUCGCCGAGACUAUCCUUGACUGUGUUAAGAAGAGUCGUCGAAUGAUCAUGGUUUUAUCGCGAAAUUUCAUACAAAGCGAAUGGUGCAUGUUGGAAUUUCGUGCCGCGCAUCGGAGGGUCUUAAAAGGACGUGUGAAUUAUUUGAUCGUCGUCCUUUUUGACGAUGUUGAUGUGGACAGUUUGGAUGACGAGUUGAAGUUGUAUUUAAAGACGAAUACGUAUCUGAGCGUCGAGAGUAAAUGGUUCUGGCAACAGUUGAAGUACGCGCUGCCGCAGAAGAAACUAGAAACUGGUGACGGGGGACUACCGAAUGAGGGAAUAGAAUUUGAAGAGAGGCAUCUUGGCAUGGUUUGAUAGAGCUCAGUGUCUUAUUCUCGACAAUCCAAAAUGGCGGACAUAGCAUUCUUUGGGUAAAAACAACAUUCACAAAAAAGAACUUGAACAAAAUGUAAUUGGUGUUUAGAACGAGA